AUGGCUGAAGAAAAGAAACAUCACUUUGGUGGUCUCUUUAACCACCACAAGAACAAAGAGGAAGACACCCCCAUUGAGAAAACUACAUAUGAAGAAACAACCUAUGAAGACAGUGAAAAAACUAGCACUUAUGGAGACAACACAUAUGGUGAAAAAACUAGUUAUGGUGAUGAUACAUAUGGCAAAAAAACUACCACAUAUGGAGAUGACAACAAAUAUAGUGAGAAAACUAGUUAUGGUGAUGAUACAUAUGACGAAAAAACUAACACAUAUGGAGAUGAAAACAAAUAUGGUGAGAAAACUAGUUACAGUGAGGGAGAUGACAACAAAUAUGGUGAGAAAACUAGUUAUGGUGGUGAUACAUAUGGCGAAAAACCUACCUCCUACGGAGGAGAUAAUACAUAUGGUGAGAAAACAAGUUAUGGUGGGGGAGAUGAAAACAAGUAUGGUGAGAAAACUAGUUAUGGAGAGAAAGCUAGUUAUGGUGGAGGAGAUGACAACAAAUAUGGUGAGAAAACAAGUUAUGGUAAUGAGGAAGGUGGCUAUGGUGGAGGAGUUGGUGCCUACUCAUCUGAGACUACUACUAAUUAUGAAGAGAAUGAUGAUAGUGGAACCAAAACUUCUGAGGAUUACAAGGAAGAGAAGAAACAUCACAAGCAUCUUGAAGAACUUGGGGGACUUGGAGCUGUUGCUGCUGGUGCCUUUGCUUUGCAUGAGAAGCACAAGGCAGAGAAAGAUCCAGAGCAUGCACACAAGCACAAGAUAGAGGAAGAGAUAGCCGCAGUAGCUGCAGUUGGUGCUGGUGGAUUUGCAUUCCAUGAACAUCAUCAGAAGAAAGAAGCAAAAGAAGAAGAGGAGGAAGCUGAGGGAAAGAAGAAGCAUCAUUUCUUCUAA